AUGAAAAAUCCUUCAAUCUCAACUCAUCUCUCAUUCUUUCUUCUUCUCAUUUUGUCAAUCACUCUCACAGUUUCUGCUGAUAGGCAAGACAAAUUCCUUCAAUGUCUCAACUAUCAAUUCAAGAAUUACUCAUCCAUUUCAGAUGAUGUUUACACUCCUGCAAACUCAUCUUACACUUCCAUCCUACAGUUCUCCAUCCGAAACCUUAGAUUCGCGUCCGAAUCUACUCCCAAACCGCAAGUGAUCAUUACCCCAGAGCACGAAUCCCAAAUCCCGCCUGUGGUACGUUGUGCUAGAAAAACUGGUUUGGAAAUCAGAACUCGAAGUGGCGGCCAUGACAUGGAGGGAUUGUCUUAUGUCUCACAAGUCCCGUUUGUGAUCGUUGAUUUGAUCAAUCUCAGCGAAGUCACGGUCGACGUGGAGGAGAAAACUGCGUGGAUUGAAGCGGGCGCAACCACCGGUAUUGUGUACUACAAGAUUGCAGAAAAGAGCUCCACUUUAGGGUUUCCCGGGGCUAUUUGCACUACUGUUGGCGUCGGUGGCCACUUUAGCGGAGGAGGCUACGGUGCAAUGCUGAGAAAAUACGGCCUCGCGGGAGAUAAUGUUAUUGAUGCCAGAAUAAUCGACGCUAAUGGCAGAAUCCUCGAUAGGAAAUCAAUGGGAGAGGAUCUUUUCUGGGCCAUCAGAGGCGGUGGAGGUGCCAGUUUUGGCGUGAUCACUGCCUGGAAGGUACAGCUGGUGGAUGUUCCAGAAACAGUCGCUGUUUUCUCAAUCACGAGGAACGUGGAAGAACAGAACGGCGCUGAACUGUGGCACCGCUGGCAAUACGUGGCGCCUCAAGCCGACAAAGAUUUGUUCGUUGGAGUCAUCGUACUCAGGGUGAACACGACCGUCCUGGUUAACUUCUUCUCAGUGUACCAGGGCGGCGCUGACGCAUUAGUUUCAUACAUGCAAGAAAUCUUCCCAGAGUUAGGGUUAGUGAGAGAAGACUGCACGGAAAUGAGUUGGAUCGAAUCCACCUUAUUUAGCAACCAAAUGCCGAUAGAUCAACUAGAUGCUCUGCUCAACCGGACUCAGCCCGGUCUCAGACAGCUCAAAGCCAAGUCGGAUUAUGUUCGGACGCCCCUUCCGUUGAACGUGAUCGAAGAGAUGGUGAGCAUGCUACGUGAACCAGAAGCCGACGAGACUAACUAUUACAUGGUGCCAUAUGGUGGAAGAAUGGAUGAAAUAUCAGAAUCAGAGACUCCAUUUCCUCACAGAGCUGGUGCGCUCUACAAACUUGCUGGCCUGACUUACUGGCAAAACUCUGAGGCUGCGGAUGCGGAUCGUUACAUAAGUUGGAGCCGGAGAUAUUAUGAGUACAUGACUCCUUACGUCUCGAACUCCCCAAGGGAAGCGUAUUUCAACUACAGAGAUCUCGAUAUAGGAGUGAAUAGUUCUAAUGGGAAGACAAGUUAUGCACGAGCUAGCAUUUGGGGGAAGCCGUAUUACAAGGAUAAUUUCGAUCGUCUUGUUCGGGUGAAGACAGUUGUUGAUCCGACCAAUUUCUUCAAGAAUGAACAGAGCAUUCCGCCGUUGCAGGCGAAGUGGACUAAGAAAGGGAACUAAGAUAUAUUCUGAUGAAAGUGAACUUGUGUUGUGUUACGUCUCUGAAUAAGGCUUUCUGAUUAGUCUCUUACGUUAAGUUUCUAGGAGUAAUAGUAAUUGUAUUUGUUGUUCAAAGCAUUGUUAUUCUAAGAAAUUGUUUAAUUUUUUUGA